AAGGAGCUUGAGAACCUCAAGGAGAACCUUCUACUCCCAGAAGAUGCUGUGAACCAUGUCAUAAAUUUCUCCAUCGCUUAAUUCUGGAGACAUCAUCAUGUUGACCAGACUAUUCAGCGAGCCCAGUCUGAUCCCCGAGGUGCAGAAAUUCGCCAGUUGGACCGAGGACUGUGAGGAUGAUGAUGAUGAUGACAUGAGUGAGAAGGACGAGUCGGAGGAGAAGUGUCUGCAGGACGUCAAUACAGAAGGGUCUCUGGGUGAGAGUAAAGAAGAUGGGGACCUGAUUGGGGAAGAAGAGGAAGAAGAGGAGGAGGAAGAAGGGACGGAAGAAAUGGAUGGCGAGAGGCCCAAAAAACGUGGGCCCAAAAAGAGAAAGAUGACCAAAGCCCGGAUAGAGAGGUCUAAGGUGAGGAGACAGAAAGCCAACACCAGGGAGAGGAACCGCAUGCACGACCUGAACUCAGCUCUGGACAACCUCAGGAAGGUGGUUCCUUGCUACUCCAAAACCCAGAAGCUGUCCAAGAUAGAGACCCUCAGGUUAGCCAAGAACUACAUCUGGGCCCUCUCUGAGAUCCUCAGAUCCGGCAAGAGGCCUGACUUGGUGUCCUAUGUGCAGAACCUGUGCAAGGGACUCUCUCAGCCCACCACCAACCUUGUGGCCGGCUGUUUGCAACUCAAUUCAAGGAAUUUCCUAACUGAGCAAGGUCAGGAGUCUGGCAGAUACCACGGCCCAAACUCUUCUUUUGCCAUGCACCCCUACACCUAUCAGUGUCCCCGACUGUCAGCCUCUCAGUGCCAGUCCAGCACCAUGGCCAGCUCCCAUGCUCUCAGAAGCCAUGGCUAUUGCGCCACCUACGACUCCAUUUACGGCAACGCGUCUCCGGACUACAAUAGCUCAGAGUAUGACGCCCCCCUAAGCCCACCACUGUGCAUUAAUGGCAACUUCUCCCUCAAGCAGGACUCGUCUCCAGACCAGGAGAAGAAUUAUCACUACUCUAUGCACUAUUCAGCCCUGCAGGCCUCAAGGUCUUCUGCUCAUGGGCUGCUCUUCAGCUCUUCUGGGGUGCGCAGUGGGGGGCACUCUGACAACCUGUUGCCUUACGACAUGCACGUGCAUCACGACAGGGCCCCCAUGUAUGAGGAACUCAAUGCAUUUUUCCAUAACUGACCCCUUCUUUUACAUGUGUGUGUGUUUGACUGUGCAAUUUGUGCCAAGGAUUGUGCACUGGAGGGUUGGCAGAGCCUGGUGAGCAAACAUUGGUGCCAUCUAAAUACCGGCAGGCAAAGCAUUUGGUGACCCACUUGUCCUUUCUGCCCUAAAGCCUCAGGCUGAACCAUUGCUCCUUUCUGCCCUUAAGUCUAAGAGCAUUGGGUGACCCUUUUGUUCCUUCUGACCUAGGUCUGAGCUUCACUUCUUGACCCACUUGCCCUUUAAGUCUUAGAGCUGAGGUGACCCAUAUCUGCCCUGGAGCUGAAGACAGUGCAUUCGGUCAACCAUCUGUCACAACCGAUAAGCGAUAUAAUCGCUUACAACCAAGAGUUGUAGAUGACCCUAUUGUCUUACGUCCAACAAUUGCACUGGGUGACUCUUCUCUACUAUGGCCAAGAGUUGGUUGGGUUGACCAUCAGCUCUAAAAAGUCAACUGCUCUUCUACAAAUAGUCUACAAUUCCUGGGCGUUUUGUUGCUCUAGGUGACCCCAUUAUUCUG